GAUAACGUUAUAAUAUAUCUACAUGAUCGACAUCAAUUCAACUAUAUUUAAAUAGUAAAUACCCACUAAUCACUAUUACACUAAACUGUUAGACCAGCAGUUGUUUUGUUCAUUUGAGAAGCAAUUGCUUUAUUAGUGGCUUUAUUAAUAGCAACCCAAUUGCUCUCUUGACUUUUACUCAAGUUAUCGUUAAUUUAAUUAAAAUGUACAAAUAGAAGUAUAAUUCUACACGAUUAACACGUUAUUAUAGUUCGUAAUAAAAAUGAUGCCCAAAAGUUUUUUCUUCAUCUUUUUAACUAUCCUCAGCGCAACAAACGAAGUUGUGACGAAAGACUCAAAAAUGCCGCUUAUACAGGAAUUUUCAGUAAACAGGAUUACUGGCAAUAUUACGAGUACUUAUUCUGGACAACCUCAACAAGUUGAUGUAGAACUCCCUCAAACUAAAGAAACAUUAAUCAAAAACAAUAUAACCAGAACUAAAAAUGAUUCUCAUGUAUACUAUAAUAGUACUACUAUAAAUGACUCCAAUAUAUUCAAAAAAAUUUGGAAAGAGCUAAACAAUAAUCCAGACGGAAAUGUACAUGAUAUGUUGACAAAUUCUCAUUGUAGAGUAUAUAUAGCAACGGUUGAUUUAACUUUCCAGUUUCUGUUCUAUGAUCAUCUAAUAAAUACUAUUACAAUUGAUACUGGGGGAUUUUUAUAUUUUGGAGAUUAUGUUUAUUCAUGGUUACCUGCUACUCAAUAUGUGGCUCCUUUGAAAGCCAACUUUAAUAUUAGUGUUUCAGACGAAUCAAAUAUUUAUUAUAUGGAUAAUGGAACUGCUUUCACAGUUACUUGGCAAAAUGUGACUUUACAUAAUAAGCCUAAAGCAGGAGAAUUUACAUUCCAGACCACUCUACAUUAUAAUGCCAUUGUGUUUGCUUAUAAGUACUUACCAAUGUCAUUGAAAGCUAUUGAUGAUUCUAGUGAUCCAAUAAAAAUAGGAUUAUCAGAUCCCUAUGUAAUAGAAAAAACUAAAUUCUUUGUAAAGCGAACAACAGUUUAUGAACACCAUCGACUGACAUUUAACAAUGAUGAAGUGCCAAAUGGUACUGUAAUAGUUCUAACAGCAUUUCCAAAUUGUUUAGAAAAGAAAAAUUGUAGAAGCUGUGUGAAAAAAAAAUAAUAACUAUCAACGUUUUUGGUGUGACAAUCGUUGCUUUUUGUGGGUUGAUAUAAACAGUCAAGAAUGGAAUAAGAAAGAUUGUGAAAAGUUAAAACUUAUUAAUGAAAAAAUGUGUAUACAAUGACAUCACAACUUUAUAAAACUUAACUUAUCUCACUGAGGUCUUAUCAAAACAUUUAAAAUUUAUAUCAAAUAGGUAAUAAUAAUUAAAAAUUUUUGUUUUCGUUUUCAGUCAGGAGCCAAAUUUAGAGGGGGUGGGAUAAAUUUUGAAA